AUACUGAUGCCUGAUAUUGAUCGCUGAUACUGGAUUACCGGUCACACCUGAAACAGACAGGAGCAGUCGAUACCUGAUAGAGGAAUAUUUGUGGAACUGAGAUCUCGUGAAAACCUAUUGAUCAGGUGAUCAUUCAGACUUCCUAAAGGGAAAACAAUCAAUCAAUGGCGGCGUCAGAACUGAUCCAGGACCAUGAAGAUGUUCGACCUCAUGUGGAAGCUACUGCAACCACAACAAAUCCCCCUACGCCUAAUCAUCCUCCGAGGGUCGCUAACGGCAACCUGACUCGCCUCACCUCCCUGCCGACACCGCCCGCCGACGCCCACGACGGCAAAAACAAACAGGAGCGCAGCAGACUGAGCAAUCUGCUGCAACAGAACCAGCUGAUCCACUCCCUGAGCAGCGGGCUGCGGCGACACUGCGACUACGUCAAGAUCACCGUGUCGGAGGAGCGGGCGAACCACCUCCCGAAGGAGUGGUGGAAGACGGGCGUGGCCUUCCUCUACGCCCUGUUCACUCUCAUCUUCACCACCGUCGUCAUCACCAUCGUCCACGAGAGGGUCCCUGACAAGUCGGUGAGCCCGCCUCUGCCCGACAAAUUCUUCGACUAUGUGGACCGGGUGCCCUGGGCCUUCACCGUCACAGAGGUCAACGGGCUGAUCCUGGUCGGACUCUGGUUCGUCCAGUGGAUCUUCCUCAAACACAAAGCUAUCGUGGGUCGUCGCUGUUUCUUCCUCAUCGGGACUCUCUACAUGUAUCGCUGCGUCACCAUGUACAUCACCACCCUGCCUGUACCUGGGAAACAUAUGGUCUGCGCUCCGAAGCUGUACAACGACUCAACAGGGAAAAUCUGGAGGAUUUUGAGGCUGAUCUCCGGAGGAGGUUUGUCGAUGACUGGCUCUCACUUGAUGUGUGGAGACUUCCUGUACAGCGGUCACACUGUCAUGUUGACUCUCUCCUACCUCUUCAUCAAAGAGUACUCUCCUCGGUGGAUGUGGUGGUAUCACUGGACCUGCUGGUUGCUCAGCGCCUCCGGGGUCGUCUGCAUCCUCAUCGGCCACGAGCACUACAGCAUUGACGUGGUCAUCGCCUACUUCAUCACCACCAGGAUCUUCUGGUGGUACCACACCAUGGCCAACACGCAUGCGUUGCGUCAGGCUCCAAACAACUACCUGUCGAGGACGUGGUGGAACAUGAUCUUCAACUUCCUGGAGAAGAACGUCCAGACGACCGUUCCCAUCGUGUUCUCGUGGCCGGUGGCCCUGCCUUCGUCCUGCAGACAGAGGUACAGGAUGGUGGAGGGAGGGAGGGACGAGUGAGGAGACAGAGGGGGGAGGAGAUAUGUGACCUGAGCUGAUGAAACUGCAUUCCUCCAGCCCGACUCCUGUGCAACAGGACGGACGUACAGACGGACGGAGAGAUUUAACAUCAGUUUAUUUAUUAGAAGCAACAUUUCCACCUCUGUCCUGGUUACUGAGGACGAGGAGGCACUGACACCACGAAGAUGAGGAGGCACAGACAAGGUGUUACUACGUUUACAUUGACAGAAGAUUACAAUUACAUCAAAGGACGAAGGUGGUGAAGUAAAUACAAUAUGAUACUUAAAAUAAUUUAUAUCUGAGUUUGAGAAAUUCCCUUGAUUUCUUCAAAUAAAUUAAUUUAAUAAAAUAAACAAAAAAAAGUUUUCUACUCACAAAAAUGAUCAUUAAAUUAUAUAUAUCUGAUCAAAUAAUAAUAAUAAGACAAAAACCACCUGUUGCUGUGAUUCCUGAAGUCAGAAUUCAACAAAUGUGGAUUUAUCAUCGACUCUGAGCUUAUUUUAUCUUCUCAGAUGUAGAAAAUGCCUAAGAAUUUCAACAAAGACAAAUCGACCCAAUUGUUAAAUCAGUAACUUCAUUUUGGUUUGUGAGCUAGCCAGAUAUUUAGGACCAAAGCUAAACUGCUAGCUGUUUAACAUUCAUAAAACUAACAUCAAUGUGAGAAUGAAAGCUUACGUCGUUGAAUCGGGUAAGUUAGCCACGUGCUAGCUAAUUAUGCUAAACAACUGUGUUGAUGAGUAAUGCCAGCGAAGCUAAGCUAACUAGAGAUUUAGGACCAAAGCUAACGUGAAAAAGAAAGCUGAACUGCUAGUUGUUUAACAUUCGCAAAGCUAACAUCAAUGUGAGAGUGAAAGCUUAAAUUGUUGAAUUGGGUUAGUUAACCACAUGCUGGCUAAUUAUGCUAAACAAUUGUGUUGAUGAGUAAUGCCGUGGAAGCUAGCCAUUUAGCUUUCCUUGUGUUAACUUGAGUUGGGUUUUCAUCAUAGUGAGAGUGAAAGCUUGUGCUAUUUAAUUGAGUGCAGUAGCCACAUGCUAGCUCGUUACGCUAAACUAUUGUUUUGAAGAUUAAUGUCAACUAAAGUGAUAAAAAUGUUUAGCGUACAUGAAAGAUAAAUUUACCAACUUGACUGUUUAAACGUCUGGGAUUCUUUCAUGCUUUGAACCAAAUCUAACAGAGCUAACAAAGCUAGCGACAUAGCAUUCCUAGUGCUAACUCGUCAUCUGAAUGAAAGUUAAUGAGUGUAAGUUAUGAGUGUUGUUGUAUAUGUUUUCCAGUACUUGAUCUUUGUUAAGUUAUAUUUUCAAGUAAAGUGUAAAGUAUUUUUAAUGUUGUGUUUUUUUUUUUAUUGAAACAAAAACUGCCUGUUAACGUUAGAUUCAACCAAAAACUCCCUGUAAAAUGCUGCUGAAUAUAAGUCGGAUUAAUGAAGGUUGUUGUUGUUGUUGUUGUUGUUGUUGUAGUACAGAGUUAAUUUUGUAAACAUAUUACCUGAUGUUCGACACUGCAACACUCACAUCUGUACAUGUU